GCCCAGGCAGUUGGCUCGGCGGCGGCGGAGCGGCGGGAUCGACGGCGCGAGCUGACCGCGCGGUGGGGCGCGGGGAGCAGCGGCGGCCGAGCCGGAGCAACAUGGCGCCGGCGGGCGGGGGCGGGCGCCCGGGCGGCGGGCUGGCCCGAGGGCGCUUCCACCUGGUGGCGCUGGUGCUGCCGGUGCUGCUGUGGGCGCGGGGGGCCCGGGGCCAGGGAGACCCCCAGCGGAGCGCGAUCCUUGGCAUGCGGCUGGCGAGCUGCAACAAAUCGUGUGGGAUGAACCCGGAUGGCAUCAUCUUUGUGUCGGAGGGUAGCACAGUGAACUUGAGGCUGUACGGCCAUAGGCUGGGCUCCAUCUCCAGCAACCUGAUCUCCUUCACCGAGGUGGACAAUUCCGAGGCCCUCCACAACUCCACCCACUGCCCCGAACUUACCAAGGACCUGGUCGUCCAGCAGCUGGUCAACGUGAGCCGCGGGAACACAUCCGGGAUGCUGGUGGUGCUCACCAAGUUCCUCCGAAGGAGCGAGAAUAUGAAGCUGUACGCGCUGUGCACCAGGGCUGGCGUGGACGGGCCCUGGCAGAGGUGGACCGAUAAGGACUCACUGCUCUACAUGGUGGAGGAGGAGGGCAGGUUUCUGCCCCUCUGGCUGCACAUACUUCUCGUUUUGGUGCUGUUAGUGUUGUCGGGCAUCUUCUCUGGCCUCAACCUGGGGCUGAUGGCCCUGGACCCCAUGGAACUGCGCAUUGUGCAGAACUGUGGUACCGAAAAGGAGAGGCGCUAUGCUCGCAAGAUCGAGCCCAUCCGGCGCAAGGGCAACUACCUGCUGUGCUCGCUGCUCCUGGGAAACGUGCUGGUCAACACCUCCCUCACCAUCCUUCUGGACAACCUUAUCGGGUCCGGACUCAUGGCCGUGGCCUCCUCCACCAUUGGCAUUGUCAUCUUUGGGGAGAUCGUACCUCAGGCCUUGUGCUCCCGACACGGGCUGGCUGUGGGUGCCAACACAAUCAUUCUUACCAAAUUCUUUAUGCUACUCACCUUCCCCAUCAGCUUUCCCAUCAGCAAGCUCCUGGACUUUUUUCUGGGCCAGGAGAUUCGCACUGUUUACAAUCGGGAGAAGCUGAUGGAGAUGUUGAAGGUGACAGAGCCCUAUAAUGACCUCGUGAAAGAGGAACUAAAUAUGAUCCAGGGUGCCUUGGAACUACGAACCAAAACCGUGGAGGACAUCAUGACUCAGCUCCACGACUGCUUCAUGAUCCGCAGCGAUGCCAUUCUGGACUUCAACACAAUGUCCGAGAUUAUGGAGAGUGGCUAUACCCGCAUCCCUGUGUUUGAAGAUGAGCAGUCUAAUAUCGUAGAUAUUCUCUAUGUCAAAGACUUGGCCUUUGUGGACCCGGAUGAUUGCACCCCCCUCAAGACCAUCACCCGCUUCUACAACCACCCUGUGCACUUUGUCUUCCAUGACACCAAGCUGGAUGCCAUGCUGGAGGAGUUCAAGAAAGGGAAGUCCCACCUGGCCAUCGUGCAGAAGGUGAACAACGAGGGUGAAGGUGACCCCUUCUAUGAGGUCCUGGGCCUGGUCACCCUGGAGGACGUCAUUGAGGAGAUCAUCAAGUCCGAGAUCCUGGAUGAGUCUGAGGACUACCAAGACACCAUGGUGAGGAAGAAGCCUGCUUCUCUCAGUGCCCCUCUCAGACGGAAAGAGGAGUUUUCCUUGUUCAAGGUGUCUGACGAUGAGCAUAAAGUGAAAAUCUCGCCUCAGCUGCUCUUGGCCACCCAGCGCUUCCUUUCCCGAGAGGUGGAUGUGUUUAGCCCAUUACGAAUCUCCGAGAAGGUCCUGCUGCACCUGCUGAGGCACCCCAUCGUCAACCAGGAGGUGAGGUUUGACGAGAGCAACCGCCUGGCUGCACAUCAUUACCUGUACCAGCGCAGCCAGCCUGUGGAUUACUUCAUCCUCAUUCUGCAGGGCAGGGUUGAGGUGGAGAUUGGGAAGGAGGGCCUGAAGUUCGAGAAUGGGGCCUUCACCUAUUACGGCGUGUCUGCCCUGACCGUGCCAUCCUCGGUUCACCAGUCCCCAGUGUCCUCGCUUCAGUCCCUUCGCCAUGACCUGCAGCCUGAGCCAGCUGACGGCACCCACUUGUCCACGUAUUGUCCUGACUACACCGUGAGGGCCCUCUCUGACCUGCAGUUCAUCAAGGUCACACGACUACAGUACCUCAAUGCGCUCCUGGCUACCCGGGCCCAGAACCUGCCUCCGUCCCCUGAGAACUUGGACCUCCAGGUCAUUUCAGGCAGCCAGACCAGGCUCCUCAGUGACAGGACAGCCUCAGCAGCAGCCUGCCCAGUAGAUGUUUCCUUCUUUGGCACAUUUGGAAACUGCAUUUGAUAAUUGACUGGACUAGUGAGCAUUUUUUGUUUUAAGAAAACACCUAAGGGUCCAACCACGGCAGACCCAGCCUCCCAGCAGAGGAGAGCCCUGGGCGGAACCCAGGAGUUUAACUGCUUGCCAGGCAGCCCCAGGUCUGGGGAAUAGACAAGCACGUGGGGAAUGGAGAGAGUACAGCUGUGGAGCAGCUUCCUACCAGCCUGUCCUCAUCCCCUCCCGGCCACGUUUUAGAUGGCCCUUACAGAUGUGGGUCCUGAGCUGUUCUCAGAACCAGGCGUCAGUGCCAGGAGCAUUCAGGAGGUCCUGCCUCCUUUAGGAAAGGGGGGUCAGCUAGGCACAGCCCCCCAGGCCUGCUUCUGAAGGGAGUCAAAGGAACACCAUCAUUUCUGUUUUCCGGGCCCAGCCUUCCCCGGUGACAGUACAGUGUAUCUGUACCCUUUGGGCCAACCCAGGAUGUGAGUACACAAUUACUGCCUUUGUGUGGCCGUGACCUGUACUCACUUUGCUCCUAAUCUGCCAGUCUUCUGCUGCUGGCAGCACUAUCUGAGCAAACCAAGAGCACCAGUUUUGGCUGGGGGUUCAGAUCCAUGGCCUUGGCUGUGGCGAACUUUGUGGCUUUCCUGACAGUGCCACAUUUCAGAGCACACCCCAGCCUGUCCUAUGUGCCAAACCUGGAAGCACGAUUCUUCACAAGUCUGUGUCACUAGUCCUGCCCCUCCUGUGGAGGUGACUUCUCUGACCCUUACAGAGCCCUGAGCAUGCCAGCUGGCCUCUGGGGGACUGAGAAGGCCUGCUGUUCUGCUGCGCCCCUGCCUCUUCUGCUUAGUGGCCAUUAACAGUAUUGUCACUUUGUGUUUUAACAAGAGGUCAAGUGUGAGAGGAAGGGCUCUUCUGCUGCACCUGAUACUUCCUUCCUUGUCAGAUCCAGGGAAAGUAACCAACUGUUAGACACCAUCACACCGUCCUCCUGGCCCUCCGUGGGGGACCGUGCGAGUGAGUGCAUGGAGGGCAGCGCGGGAGGGGAGGGCUGGAGGAGGACCAGGUGGGUGGGUCACCUUCAUCUUUCUUUAAAAAACAAAACAUGAAAUCGGUUUUUCUGUAUCUCUGAAACAUUUUAAGCUCGUUGCCUGUUUCCUGUCUCUAGCUAUUGGGUUUUAGAGAAUUGGGAACAAGAAGGCAUGUCUUUUUCUUCUGGUUUACCUCUGUUUACCGUCCACAGUUCUUUGUGUGGAAACGGGGCAUCACAGGGACCUAAGCUUAGAAUGGGUAGGGUGAGAGGAAGAUUUCUGGAAAAUUUCUCGGGAAUUUGGGUCCUUAUCUGGGAUCAAUGGGAGUGAAGGUCUCAAACAACAGUAGUGUGCUUGCUGAGUUGUUCUUACGGAAUCUACUCCAAGAGCGAAAUCCCAGGUGGAAAACAGACACAGCAGGCCCUUGAAUAAUAUCUCAUUCUAAUGUGGAUGAGAUGCCCUAGGAACUUAACUCUUGCUUAUACCAAUCAGCCUGUGGUAAAAUUGAUUUUGUAGUAUGCUUGCUUAAAGUUGCAGAACCCAUUUGAUAUUAAGUGAGGGCUUAUUGUACUUUAAAAUCAUUUUUCUCCAGAACAGUGGUUCUUCCCCUUGGCUGCACAUUAGAAUCACCUGGCAAGUUAAAAACACUGAGACUUGGGCCCACCCCAGGAUUUAGCAUCAGGAUCUUUUUUUUUUUUUUAAUAAUUUUAGAUUCAUAGAAGAGUUCCACAUACUUCCCCUUCAUCUAGCUUUCCCUAAUGUUAAUAUCUUACGUCACCUCAGUACCUUUAGCAAAACUAAGAGGUUAACACUGGUACAAAGAGAACUAAAUGACACUUUAUUUGGAUUUUACCAGUUUUUCUAAUGUCCUCUUUCAGUCACAGGAUCCAAUCCAGGAUACCAGUUUGCGUUUAGAGAUAUUACCUUAUUUUUCUCUUUGUUGAAAUAAUUAUAGAUUCAUAGGAAGUUGCAAAGAUAGAGGUACCCUUCACCCUGUUUUCCUCAAUGGUUACAUCUUUCUUAGUUACAGUACAGAAUCAAGCCAGGAAUCAGACACUGGGCAGAGAGGGUGCAUCGUUCUAUAUCAUCUCACGUGGAGCUUUGUGUAACCCCCACUACAGUCUAGACAUAGCUGUCCCAUCAACACCAGGAUGUCCCUCCAACUACCCUUUCAGAGCCACCCCCCACCCCCCAGCCACCAUCCCUGAUCCCUGGUAACCAGUGAUGUGCCUGUCAUCUCUGUAAUUUUAUUUCAAGAAUGUAACGUAAGUGGGAUCAUACAGUGUGUAGCCAUUUGGGACUGGCUUUCCUGGGUGCAUGCCGUGAGGGUCCAUCCAGGUGGUUGGCAUGUGUCAGCAGUUCAUCCCUUUGGUGGUUGCAUGGUGUUCUGUGGUGUAUGCUCAUUGUUCCAGUUAAGGACACCUAGGUGGCUUCCAGUUCUUGCCUCUCCCAAAUAAAGCUGCUAUGAACAUUCA